ACGGAACCCUAAUCACUCUCUCCUGCCGAGGUCUCCGCUUUGGUCUUCAUUUUCCAUCUCUCGAAAGAAAAAUCUUUUCUUUAAAUUUCUUGCUAACCUUUUUCCUUUGCAGCAAACCCUAACCCUAAACCCCAAAUCUUCUUAUUUAUUUUACUUUCACAGAAGUCAUGGGAGAAACAAGAGACAACGACACUUACGAGGAGGAGCUUCUAGAUUAUGAAGAAGAAGACGAGAAAGCACCUGACUCCGUCGGCGCUAAAGUUAACGGCGAAGCCGUUAAAAAAGGAUAUGUAGGGAUUCACAGUUCGGGAUUCAGAGAUUUCCUUUUGAAGCCAGAGCUUCUUCGUUCUAUUGUCGACUCUGGUUUUGAGCAUCCUUCUGAAGUGCAACAUGAGUGUAUCCCUCAAGCCAUCUUGGGGAUGGAUGUCAUCUGCCAAGCUAAAUCUGGAAUGGGAAAAACUGCUGUUUUUGUUCUUUCUACUCUUCAGCAAAUUGAGCCUACCUCUGGACAAGUUAUUGCCCUUGUUCUAUGUCACACUAGAGAGUUGGCUUACCAGAUCUGCCACGAGUUUGAGAGGUUCAGUACAUACUUGCCUGACACCAAGGUUGCUGUUUUCUAUGGUGGUGUCAAUAUCAAAACUCACAAGGAUCUACUGAAAAAUGAAUGCCCUCAUAUUGUUGUUGGAACACCUGGAAGAAUCCUAGCACUUGCUAGAGAUAAGGACCUUUCUUUGAAGAACGUCAGACAUUUUAUCCUUGAUGAAUGUGACAAAAUGCUUGAAUCACUCGACAUGAGGAGAGAUGUUCAGGAGAUUUUCAAGAUGACGCCUCAUGAUAAGCAGGUUAUGAUGUUUUCUGCGACGCUCAGCAAAGAAAUCCGCCCAGUUUGCAAGAAAUUUAUGCAAGAUCCGAUGGAAAUUUAUGUCGAUGAUGAAGCCAAGUUGACCCUCCAUGGUCUUGUGCAGCACUACAUCAAACUGACUGAGCUGGAGAAAAACAGAAAGUUAAACGAUCUUCUUGAUGCACUGGACUUCAAUCAGGUUGUUAUCUUUGUUAAAAGUGUGAGCAGAGCAGCUGAGCUGAACAAGCUACUCGUGGAGUGUAAUUUCCCGUCCAUUUGCAUACAUUCUGGCAUGUCACAGGAAGAAAGGUUGAUGCGCUACAAGGGUUUCAAGGAGGGUCAUAAAAGGAUUCUUGUUGCCACUGACUUGGUUGGCAGGGGUAUUGAUAUUGAACGUGUCAACAUUGUCAUUAACUAUGACAUGCCAGACUCAGCUGACACUUACUUGCACAGGGUUGGUAGAGCUGGCAGGUUUGGCACAAAAGGCCUUGCAAUUACUUUUGUAUCAUCAGCUUCGGAUUCUGAUGUUCUCAACCAGGUUCAAGAGAGGUUUGAGGUGGAUAUAAAGGAGCUUCCUGAGCAAAUUGAUACUUCUACAUAUAUGCCAUCUUAAUGGAGAUUCAAUCCGCAUGAUUUAGAUUUUGAUGGUGCUAGAGUCCCCCUUUCUAUCUUAUAUGUUCUGCAGACUGUGCUCUGCAUAAUGCCCUUGUAUUGCUGGAUCUUACCCUAUGACGUAUGCAGCUUUUGAAUUGUUGUAGCUUUCGGGGCUCUGGUUAUUGGAGAAUUGAGUAGAGUUUGCUAUUAUGUUGCAUGAAACAUCGGUACAACGGUAUCUACAUGCAGUAUAACCAGUUUAGUUUUACGGGCGGCCAUUUUAUCUUGUAUCAUUGUUCUAGAUGCGCCAGGUAUGCAGGAAUUCAGUUCUGGAUAGAUGGAUGUCUUGAUGAUUCCU